AUUGGACCAGUAGAACAUAGAACUGGAGCCAUGUGUCAGCCCAACCCACAAGAGCCGAUCUCACGGCCGGCGACAGCCUCCCGAGAAGACAAUCUCACAUAUGACUUGAAAAACAUGGCCGCUUACGACAUCUCUCCCCUUUCAACUGGGACAGAUCUCGCGGCAUACUCUAGAGACUCAGUGCAGUUGCUGGUCAACAAACUCUUCGUGCUGCCUAGAAACAAAGGCGACGAAGGGACCUUGAUAGCGCUUCCAGCCGAGGAAGUGUUCCGACUUCCACGGGCAAAGCCCAUUCCGAAAGAGAAGCCGAAGACAAGAUGGGACAAGUUCAUGGAGGAAAGGAACAUGAAGAAGCGAAAGCGAAGCCGGCUUGUGUGGGAUGAGAUUGAAGGGGACUGGAAGCCACGCUGGGGCUACAAGAGUGCGAAAAAGUCGCAAGAGAAUGCAAAUUGGGUGCACGAGGUGGGCGACAACGAGAAUCCCAAUGAGAACCCUUUCGACAAGGCGCGCUCUGAGCAGCGGCUGCUGAAGGCUCGGCAGAAGAUGCGGGAGGUGCGGAACAAAGUGGAGGCUGCUGGAGGCAAGCUGCGAGCCAGUGUUCCGGACCUGGAUGCCGGGCAGAAGCGCGGAAAGCAGGGCCUCAAGGAGGCCAUCAAGCGUGCGCAGGUCUCCUCUGCCUCCUUCGGGAAGUUCGACCGCGUGGCGCCCAACGAGGCCACAAACUUGCAGCCCAAACGCAAGAAGGGCAUUACGCCUGUGAGCGCGGGUGCGGAGAAGGAAAACUAUUUGAAGGCGGUUGGACGGGUGAUGUCUGGUGAUGGACCGGUGGAUAAGCACAAAGCGGCGCAGGUGGGCGUGUCUCAUGACAGACGCAACGAUGCAAACGCCCGGUCAAGACAGCAAAGCAAGCGCCGCAGCAAGCAAGGAGGCCAAGGGAAGGGCGGCAAGAAGAAGGGCCGACGCUGAUGCACGCAGCCCGUGCGUGCCAUCUUGCUGGAUCCUUUGCGUUUCACACACCGGUGCAGAGAUAAGCCGCCAGGC